AACGACAUAAAUGCUCAAUUUAUUCAAUUUAUUUCUCUCUUUCUUUAAAUCUUUGCAAGCUCUCUUCUGCAAAUGCACUUCUUCUUCCUCUCAAACCUCAAAACCCCAAUCCUAAAACCCUAGCGAGACAAAGCCAUGUCUGACGUCUUCUGCACUGACUGCAAGAGGCAGACGGAGGUCGUCUUCGACCACUCGGCGGGGGACACCGUCUGUUCCGAGUGCGGUCUCGUCUUGGAGUCUCACUCCAUUGACGAAACCUCCGAGUGGCGAACCUUCGCCAACGAGUCCGGCGACAACGACCCCGUGCGUGUUGGCGGGCCCACCAACCCGCUUCUCACUGACGGCGGCCUCUCCACCGUCAUAGCCAAGCCGAACGGCGCCUCUGGCGAGUUCCUCACCUCCUCACUCGGCCGCUGGCAGAACCGCGGCUCCAACCCCGACCGCGGACUCAUCGUCGCCUUCAAAAGCAUCGCCACCAUGUCCGAUAGGUUGGGACUUGUUGCAACUAUCAAGGAUCGGGCUAAUGAGAUAUAUAAACGAGUUGAGGACCAGAAGUCUAGUAGGGGAAGAAAUCAGGAUGCAUUAUUGGCUGCUUGCCUCUACAUAGCUUGUCGACAAGAGGACAAGCCUCGCACUGUAAAGGAAAUUUGCUCUGUUGCCAAUGGAGCUUCCAAGAAGGACAUUGGCCGAGCGAAAGAAUACGUAGUGAAACAACUGGGUUUGGAGAAGGGCCAAUCUGUAGAGAUGGGAACAAUACACGCUGGGGACUUUAUGAGGCGUUUUUGUUCUAAUCUCGGUAUGAAUAAUCAAGCUGUUAAAGCCGCUCAGGAAGCUGUUCAGAAAUCAGAAGAAUUUGAUAUAAGGAGAAGCCCCAUAUCAAUUGCUGCAGCAGUUAUAUACAUUAUAACUCAGCUUUCCGAUGAUAAAAAACCCCUCAAAGAUAUAUCAGUUGCUACAGGAGUUGCAGAAGGAACCAUUAGGAACUCGUACAAGGAUCUUCAUCCUUAUGUUUUCAAAAUAAUACCAAAUUGGUAUGCAAAGGAAGAGUAUUUGAAGAACUUAUGCAGCCCUUAGAGAAAAAAAAAAAAUUAACGACCACAUUUAACAACUUAGAUGCCUUUGGAAUGUUCUGUCCUUAUGUACUGACUGUUUUAUAGUUUUAACUCAAUGAAAAUGCCUCUUUUUUUAUGUUA